CUUGUUCGCCGGAGAGAUGGCGCUAGUUCUGCAAUUUUAGACCGAUUUUCAUUAAUAUUGCUUUUUUUUCAUUUAAUAAACAAUUAAUGCAGAAAUAAAACAAUCAGUACUCCAAUCUAAGUGCAUAAGUCAUUUCUAGAAUCUCAAUAGCCUAAUGAAACUGUUAAAAAUAAUUUUUGGGGACAAUGGCUUUUCAAAGUUUGUGACACAAUCACGGUUACAUUAUAGCUGUGGUAUACUCUCUCGUACGAAUAACAAUAACAUACCAAAAAUAUAUUAAUUGUCCGUAAUUUUAUGUAAAUUAUUCCCUACUUCUUGUAAUAGUAACUAAGACGACAAAUUAAAAUUCAUCGCGAGUUUAUAUUUUGUGUUUAUCUUGUAAUAUUACAUUUGAACUUUUGUGUUUAUGUCAAGCAUAUGAGACACGGUUUGAAAAAAAUUGAAAUUUGCAUAUUGAAAAACAUGGUUUAUUACGCUGUUGCCAAAGGCAGGAAUACUGGAAUCUAUAGCACCUGGGAUGAAUGUCAAAAACAAGUAACUCGUUUCUCUGGACCAAUAUUCAAAAAAUUUACCACAAAAGCUGCAGCUGAAGAAUUCAUUCUAAAAAAUUCUGAAUCAAAUCAGACACCUAAUAAGAAUUCAGCAUCUGUACUUACUAAAAGAUUACGAGCACAAAAGACCAAACUAUUAGAAGGUACUAGUCAGGAAUCAAGUUCAACAAAGAGUGAGGCACCAAAAAGGAAAACAAUGGCAUUACCUACCUGUGAGAGUCCUAUGAAAAGAACACGGGGAGAAUAUAUUAUAGACAGCAAUGGUUAUGUGAAUGUAUAUACUGAUGGUGCAUGUAGUUCAAAUGGUCGUAAAAAUGCAAAAGCAGGAAUAGGUGUUUGGUUUGGUGAUGACCAUCCUUUAAAUGUAUCAAGACCAGUUGUUGGAAGAGCAACUAAUAAUAUGGCAGAAAUUCAGGCUGUAACUGUAGCAGCCCAACAAGCAGCAAAAGCAGGCAUCAAGAACUUAAAAAUUAAUACAGAUUCACAGUUUCUUAUUUCUUGCAUAACAAGUUGGAUGCCAAAAUGGAAAAGGAAUGGAUGGAAGACUUCUAAUAAUGAACCUGUCAUAAAUAAAACUGAGCUGUUAGAAAUGGAAAAGGCACUUAACAGCUUAGAUGUAACUUGGAACCAUGUUAAUGGUCAUGUUGGAAUUUAUGGUAAUGAAAUGGCUGACCAAUUAGCAAGAGCAGGCUGUGAAGACUAUUAAAAAUAUUUUUAUAUAUAAUGUAAAAUAUUAACUACUGAGUGCAGUUUGAUAUAGGGAAGGAAUUAAGAAUUAUUUAUUAAGACUUUGUACAUGUCAGCUAUAUUCAU